AUGAGUGACUUGUGGAGUGACGAGGAGCAGGAGAGUGAGCUGAUGGAGGAGCAGGAGGAGGAGGUGGAGGGGAGACGUCAAGGUGACAACGAGAUGGAGGACAUCCUUGAGACAGACGAAGACGACGACGCGUCUGCAACUGGCGGUGCAGCUGUACCUUCCUGGACAUCAGUUCUGAACACCCUGGGGCCAGAUCACCCUCUGCUCAAGCGCUUCCAGGAGGCCAAGAGACGGCAGCUCCUGCAGGAGAAAGAUCAAUUGCAAUUACGUCUUCGCCAGCUGCAACAACAGACUGAAGAUUUCCGCCAAGAAAACGUCACUCUCGGCGCCCAGCUUUUCGACGUGCAGCAGUCAGUCACACGGGCACAGGUAAACCUCGACAAGAUAAAGAGCGAGAGGAAACGCAUCAGACAGGCGAGACAGACGGCCCAGGAGACUCUGCAACACGCCAAGGAGGAGGAGAAGUCGGUGGUGGACGCACUCAACCAGGCGAAGAAACAUGAAAUAACCCUACACCAAGAGGUCAGUCGCAUGGGGUCACGAGUAGCGGUCCUGCAGGCGGCGAGAGCACAGAGCGAUGGCGACGUGACCACCCUCACCCGCGCACUCCACAACACUGCCUGGGAUCGCGCCAACCUCGAGAAGGACAAGAUGUCGCAGGACCUGUUUGUGGAACGCCUAACUGCAGCGCUGGAAAGGGAGAAGGUAACGUUGAAGACCUUGCGAGAAGCCAUUCAGGAGGAGAAGGAAGUGACGAAGGCGCUCGACGCAAGAGCCAGGCUGCAGCAAGAAGAACUGGAGCAACUCGAGUCCGAGGCUGUAGGUGUGAAGAGAGCUUGGGAGGCUAAUGUCCUAGUGUUGCAAAAGCGCUCGGAAGAUCACUCUGCUUCCUACCAACACCUGGAGAAGCUUCUGGCCCAACAAGCGGGUUUGAAGGCAGAGGUCUACAAUACCAGGAAGGUUGUGAGAGAAGAGCAGAUAAGACACGAAAAGGAUUCAGCAAGACUAAUAGCACAGGAACGUGACGUCACAAAGAGACGCGAACGUCUAGCUGUGCUACGGGAGGAGGCGCAGCAGAUGGCCGAACGACACGAGGGCCUCCUGGGGAUUGUGGACCAGCUGGACCAACAAUAUCAACUGCUGAAGAAGGAAGCAUCCGAAGAGGCUCGUCGUCUGGAGCGGGUUUACGGGCGCGUGAAGUCGGCGACCGAGCGAUACCGCAAGAUGGAGGACCUCGCCCUCGAGAAGAUCGGCGAGCACACGGCAGCUUCGAAGGCGGCGCUGAACCUGAGGAAGAGGGUGAAGGAGGCGAGGACGAAGUGCAGGAUGCUGGAGGAUGACCUUGUCGAGCGGGAGAAAUACGCUGCAGAUGCGGCUCUGAGGGCUUCUGAUGGCCGCGCUGCCGUUCUCGCCCUGACCUCCAGCCGCGACGAAGCCCAGCGUGUCGUGGACCAACUCGAUGCUGACGUCGCGAGAUUUGAAAGCGACAUGAGAAGAGGUCAAGAGAAAAUCAGUGCCAACCAGUGUGCAAUUGAUCGACUCAACAAAGAACUUGCCAAAGUGAUUGAAAUUGCUGGGGGAAGCGAAGCCCCUCCGGCGGAGAGAGAAGAGCGACGCCUACGACUCCUCCUUCAGGACAGGGAGACCGAGAGGAAAGUGCUUGAGGAGGAAGCCUUGACUGUUCAAAGGCAGUUACUCGAGGCUAGAGAGGCAAGGGAAGCUUUGGUUCAAAAGACCACGCGAUUGCAACAAGAAUUGACGGUUCUUCGAGGUCGCCAGACACGGCUGGAAGGCACGGUGGAGCGAGAGAAGGGCGCGCUCCUAGAAGCAAAGAGAAGGCAGGAACGUCUCCAUAAGGCCAUAGCCACCCUGGACGCCCGCCUCCAUCAGGAAAAAACCUCAAGGGAAGCCGCUUCGAGGGAAUCCGAACAUACCGAGUCCGAUCUGCUCGCGAAACUGCAGGAGCUGGAGCUCGAAGCCUCACGGAAGGAGAGCGAAGAGGAUCAGCUGCGGAAGAAGAAGGAGCUGACGGAGGGGAAGCUCCUCGAGGCGACGCAGGAGAGGGCGGAGUGGGAGAGGAAGGUGGUGGAGAUGAGGGACGCGAGGGACGCCCUCAGGAAGGAGGUCGGGACGGAGGGCGACCUCCAUGCCAUGAAGACGGAGAUCAACCGGAUGCAGGCGCGUUGGCGGAUGCUGGAGGCGACGCAGAAGGACCUGUCGGGGCGCCUGGAGCAGUGCGUGUCCGUGGAAGGCUCCCUCAAGUCCCGCACGGUGGCCACGGUCGAGAAACUCCGCCGGGAUCCCAACUCCGCCAAGGCCACGAGGCUCAUGCAGGAGGACAUCCUGAAGAGGAAGAUCUCCAAGUGCAAGCGGCGGCUGGGCGAGCUUCAGGAUGCCACCGAAAUGGCGAGGCAGGAGCGCUUACGAGCCGAGGACGAGUGCCAGAGAAAGGAGCGAGUUUAUGCCCAGAACGUGCGUCUCCUCCAGGAAGCCGCGUCCCACCUGGAGGAAAAACUCGUCAAGAAGCAGGAGGAACAACUCCGUCUGCAGGAGCACCGCGCCCGCCUCCGUCACCUGACCGCCCUCAGAGACGGCCGCUACAAAACCCUCACCGCCCACUCCGAGGAGGCCCAACAAGCCCUCAAGAACAGACUGAUCGCCCGCGCUCACGCCUACACGGGCGUGGUGACUCAGCUCGAAGCAAGUUACCCGCAGAUGGAAGUGAAAUUGAGGAAUCUCAAAGUUUUCCUACAGAAUUUCCUUGAACCAAGUUAAUUCCAAGGAAAUGCAUGAAAGCUCGGAUUACCGGGCGCAAAAAUAAUGUGGCUCACGCUGAUGAUUUGGUUAUGUAAUACUUUUGAGUAAUUUACUGAUAAUCUCAAUUACUUUUCUAAUCAUAUGGCAAUCAUUCAUUAUGUAUUUAUUCGAUUUUUUCUUCUUCAUUUCUUCCUAUAUUUAUGUAUUAAUUCGUAAAAUUAAGAAUAGCACUGGAAAUAAGUAUUGUGACAACAUGUAAACAUGCUCAGUAUUUUUUUUUAAUAAACUGAAAUCGCUGGUAAAAGAAAAAAAGUUUUAAAAGUGAGGUUUGUACUGCUGUAGUUACUCUUACUUUUGUUUAUGUCAAGGUUUAUAGUAGUUUUGAUAAUGAUGCUUCCCUGGGGAUC